ACUUGUUUUGAAUUCAAUUCUUUGUUGCUAGGAUACUAAAAUACAAAUAUAUUUAUAAUUAGUGGUAGAUUGUGUUCAUGAUAUUUUAUGGAAAUUAUAAACAAACUAAACUGAAAAACUGAAAUUUGAAAAUGCAACGUUCUUUUUCCAUAGUUGAUGAUGACGAUGAGGAGAAUAUAGAGGAAUUUUUAAAAAAAUCUAAUGCUGAAUUUUAUUCAAACAAAUCCGAUCGUGAUUCCGAUUCAGAUGGUUCCAAUCCUAGUCCUAAGAUUAGUCCUAGAGAGCUAUGCGCAAUUGGAGAACCAUCAAGUUCCAAGGCUCCAGAACCUUUACCACGUCAUGGAUCCCACAAGGAUAAGAUUCCAUCUCCAACAUCGACCAACGAAAGGCUUAGAUCACCACAAAUUCAGAAACUAGCCCAGCUUUCAAGUGACAGUGAAGAUGAUAGCGAAAAUGACAAACAAAAAUCAUUUCCUGGGGAAUAUGACCCAAAGGAAUAUGAAAACUUGGAUGUUGAUAGUGAAACUAAAGAAAUCUUUCAAUACAUCACCAAAUACAUUCCACAAAAACUUGAUUUGGAUUACAAAUUUAAGCCGUUCAUUCCGGAGUUUUUACCUGCUGUUGGCGAUAUAGAUGCAUUUCUUAAAGUAAUGGCACCAGAAUUAGAUCUUAACGGAGAACCGUUCAAAAGUGACCAAUUAAAAUUAGGUCUUGAAGUUUUGGAUGAACCCGCAGCCAAUCAAAGCGAUCCUGCUUUGUUGCAUUUACAACUAAGGGCGUCAUCAGUCAAAGCUAAUGAUAAGAAUAUAAACGUGAUUGUGAAAAAAAUUGAUAAUGUUGAAAAAAAUGCUAAAACUAUUGACAAGUGGAUAAAAGAUAUUUCUGAUUUACACAAGAGUAAAUCAUCACCAGUUGUGAGAUAUUCAGAGCAAAUGCCUGAUCUAGAUGAUCUAAUGCAAGAAUGGCCAGAAGAAAUGGAAGCACAUCUACAGAAAAAUGGUUUUCCAAAACCAGAAAGUGAUGGUAGUUUAUCAGAUUAUGUUACUACAGUUUGUGAAGUGUUUAGCAUACCAGCAAACAAAAACAAGAUACAAUCUUUGCAUUUGCUAUUUUCUCUAUUUGCCGCCAUCAAAUCAUCUCAACUCUAUGAAGCUGCGAAGUCUGAUAUAAAAUUAAAAACGGCGACGAAGAAAGAGGCAGAUCAAUUAGUAUUAGAAUAGUGUAUUUAAUAUGUAUUAACUGAAUAAAAUAUAUUAUGUUUAAAUCUA